UGACACUUUCCCCCAAAUUGUAGCUUUGCCUCUCGGAGACGGGACGGACAGUCGGGAGGGUGAAGCGAUAAUACAGUCGAGAGGGCCACAAAAAAAAAGAAAUAAAGAAAAGAAAAAAGAUUAUUGAAGGUCUGCUUUGAAGGUACUGGAUAUUUAGGCUGAGUGCGUUUUGGGGGUAAAUAAAGACCAGAACCUCACUGCGGUGCUGGGGACAGGAGGACCAGGAGGAACCGGGAGGAUCUGCUUCGUGGACUCCAAGAGCAAGUACACUGGGACUAAAUAAAACCUCCUCCAGUCCCAGAAUAAAGGUGAAAUGCGGUCCUUUACAUCCAAAACGCGGUAGGCUGUUGCGCGUCGGAGAGACCGGAGAGGAGAACCAUUGCUGCCUGUGAUAUUAGAAGAAGAAGAAGAAGUAAGAAUAGGCUUUAUUCUCUUUAUUUAUUUAUUUUUUUGACUCCACUGGACUGACUUUUCCCGAGAGGUUCCCCUCUGAAGAGCAACGUGUUUAUGGAUCGGGACACCGGGACUUGUGGGCUUCGAUCAUGGUGACACCUCGCUGCUGCUGUGAACUUUGGUAGAUGUUUGCAGAAAGACAAUAUAGAUAAUAGUUUUUGAUUAUUAACAAUAAUCAGAUUGAUCUCUUGGAGGAAGUGGGAAGCGCCUUUUACGCCCUCCCUCGUUUCUUUCUCUCUCUCUCUCUCUCUCUCUCUCUCUCUCUCCUAAGACGUCAGGACGGAUCUCUAUCACCCGAUCUCUCCUCCUGUGAUUUUAACAAAGACCAAAGUGUGUGUGGAUAGCAUGGCAAUGGUAGUAAACCAGUGGCCAGAGAACAUUUCUGCAGAUCCGGGGUCCCAGCUCCAGAUAUGCGGCCAGGAGCCCGGCGGGGCACCGGGAACCCCCAAUGGUUCCACCCCGGGGAACGACGCACUUUCCGGGGAGAAGAUCCCCAACGUGGACUGCAUGGUGUGUGGGGACAAGUCCAGUGGGAAGCAUUACGGCCAGUUCACCUGCGAGGGGUGCAAGAGCUUCUUUAAGCGAUCCGUGAGGCGGAACCUCUCGUACACCUGCCGGGGGAACCGAGACUGUCCCAUCGACCAGCACCACCGCAACCAGUGCCAGUACUGCCGCCUGAAGAAGUGCCUGAAAGUCGGCAUGAGAAGAGAGGGUAAGACCAUAGCUGUACAACGAGGACGCACAUCGAACUCCCAGACUAGUCCGGGACAGUACCUGACCAACGGCACCGACCCGUACAACGGCCAGCCAUACCUGUCCGGCUUCAUUUCUCUGUUGCUGCGUGCCGAGCCUUACCCAACAUCUCGCUACGGGGCCCAGUGCAUGCAGGGAAACAACCUGAUGGGCAUCGAGAACAUCUGCGAGCUGGCGGCCAGGCUGCUCUUCAGUGCUGUUGAGUGGGCCAAGAACAUCCCGUUCUUCCCCGAUCUGCAGCUCAUGGACCAGGUGGCUCUGUUGCGUAUGUCAUGGAGCGAGCUCUUCGUCCUCAACGCCGCCCAGUGCUCCAUGCCGCUUCAUGUGGCCCCUCUGUUGGCAGCUGCAGGCCUGCACGCAUCGCCCAUGUCAGCAGAGCGCGUGGUCGCCUUCAUGGAUCACAUCCGGGUCUUCCAAGAGCAGGUGGAGAAGCUGAAGGCCCUGCAGGUCGACACGGCUGAAUAUUCCUGCCUCAAGUCCAUCGUGCUCUUCACUUCUGAUGCUAUGGGCCUGUCAGACGUCGCCCACGUAGAGAGCAUCCAGGAGAAGUCCCAGUGCGCCCUGGAGGAGUAUGUAAGGAACCAGUACCCGAGCCAGCCGAACCGCUUCGGACGCCUCCUCCUCCGCCUGCCCUCCCUGCGCAUCGUCUCCUCUCCGGUCAUCGAGCAGCUGUUUUUCGUCCGCCUGGUGGGCAAGACGCCCAUCGAGACGCUGCUCCGCGACAUGCUGCUCUCGGGCUCCAGCUACAACUGGCCCUACAUGCCCACCGUGCAGCGCGACCGGCCCAUCUCCCUCCACUACAACGAGAACGGGCCCUGA